AGACUCUCUCCAAGUCUUACAUCUGUAUGUCGGGCAGUAACGGCUGUUACGGAGGCGGUUGAUCGGUUAAAUAAUACUUUCAAUGCCAACAUGAAACACGAUGAAUUCGUUUCCAGUAUCAGAGAUAUUACAUCGAAGCUCCGAGAGAUGUUCGCAGAAUCGACGGAUGUAUUGGGACAGAUGCCCGAAGACAGAAGAAAGGAGGUGGAAAUGUCCGAAGCUCUGAUUGGAAACGAUAUGCGACAAAUGGGCAAAGUAGUCCAGCAAGUUGUCGAUAAUACAAAUAAUCCUGUAAGUUUUAAACAUCUCAGUAACAACGCGGUCCUCCUUUUAAAAACGCGAUGGCUGGACCAGCAGAUUAAUGAUUAUCAUUGGAUCAGCAUUCAAAGAGAACGCAGAUCUGUUUGUGCGCAUUAG